AUGGCCGACAGUAGACGUCUUCUGGCCCCCGCUCCGCCCGGGAUCGCCGCCUCCACCGACUCCCAGCGCCGCAAGAAUGUUGGGACGGCCUGCAAGGCAUGCAAGGCGCGCAAGUUGAAGUGUACCGGAAUGGUCCCCUGCGCCAACUGCCACAAAUCGCGCCUCGAAUGCACCCUCGACACCACUGCCGACCGUCGCCGUCGUGGCGCCCUGAAGCGCAAGAUCGAUGAGCUCGAAGACAAGGAAGACCUCCUCGUCCGACUAGUCGGCGUCCUGCGUGAGAGCGGCAACCGUCGCGCCUAUCCGCUCGUCAAUCUCAUCCGCAGCAACGCAUCCCUGCCCGAGAUCCGCUACUACAUUGACCACCAGCUGUCGCGCGACGAGGCAGCCCGGACCCCCGAGAUUCUCGAGAUCGGGCACGUCGUCGACUCGAGGGACGACGCCCGCUCCUUGCGUCGCAUCCUCGACACCAAGCGCUUGUCGGAUACCCCGCGGUUUCGGGUCCCCGCGCGUCCGUGGACGAGAGUCGUCGAGGAUGACGAUCUGGUGUCCCAUCUGGUGUCGCUUUGGUUCACGUGGUGUCAGCCGUUUGGGGGCUGUUGGGUCGACCGCGGGCGGUUUCUGCGUGAUAUGCAGACGGGUAAUGCCGCUGGGCGUCGCUUUUGUUCGCCGUUUUUAGUGAAUAUUAUUUUGGCGGAUGCUUGUGCAUACUCCGACUACCCCGAAGCGUAUGCCAUCCCCGGGGAUGUCGCCUCGAAAGGGGCGCAUUUCUUUGACGAGGCCAAACGGUUACUUGAAAGAGAAGAAGGGCGGAUCACUCUACCAACAGUCCAAGGACUCGGGGUGCUGUGGACAUGUGCCUCCCUCACCCGUCGCGACCGUCAAGGCUGGAUCUACCGCAGCCAACUGGCCUACUCGCUGCGCGAGCUCGUCCAGGAUAACCCACCCGUCGCCGGGUCCACCGACCCAGACCAAUCAUUGAUGGCCCAAGCCGUCUACUCCAUUCGCUGGGGCAUCUUCAACAUCGCCACGAUCCACGCCCUCGCCGAGAAGAAAGUCCCCGCCAUCAAAUCGCCGCAGGGGGCGGCCUGCGCGCCGCCACCACCCUGCGACCACACAGCCGAUCCAGAAGAAGACUGGCAGCCUUAUCCCGCGCAGACGGACGAUUCCCCGACACCGUCCCACACCGCCUGCGUCCUGUCGGCUCUGUCCAGCCUCAGCCCGAUCGUCUACGACGCGACGCGUUUCCUCUACGGCGGAGAAGAGACUACCCCUCGGCACGAAUGGUCAUCGCUGGACGAGCGCCUGCGCCAGUGGGCCGCCGAUCGGUUGCAAGGGUGUUUGGCACGGGGGAAUAUGGAGCUUCCACAUGUUUUGUGCUUGCACCUGACUCCCAAUCCCAACCCCAAUUUCAACCCCUCCCCCACCCCCACAAGCCUCGCCUCCGCCCGCAGCAUCGCAGACCUCAUCCGCACCCACCGCGGCGCCUGGGGCCUCGACCGCAUGCCAGCAAGCAACAUCCAAUGGAUGACCGCCGCGCUCUUCACACUCUUCCCACGCCUCGACGAGCCCUUCAACCGCGACGCCUUCAUCGGUCUCUGCGUUGCCGCAAAGGCUUUCUCGCGCCGCUGGGAGGCAACCCGCACGACGCUAGGCGCGGUGCAGGCUGUCGCGAGGGAAAAGGGCGUCGUGUUACCCGUUGAGACAGAUCCGCUGUUUCAGGAGCUGGAUAAGCUUGCCGGGGUUACGCUGCGAGACGAGGUUGAAUGCCUUUUCAUUCCAUAUUAG